AUGCCUCUAGGUAUCAUUGAAGCGAAAGGGUACGAUGUACCGGGGACAGUUUUGUUAUUUGAUGGAUCAUCUGAGCAUACCUCUACCCAGAUGAAGCAUGGGACUGGAAAGUAUGCAAAUGUUGUCCUGUAUCCCCAGCCUUCUGAUAGUCCAAACGACCCCCUGAAUUGGCCCCUGUGGAAAAAGAACCUGACAUAUAUUGUCGUGUUUUUCAAUGCUAUUAUUUUCUCUUCAAUUCCGCCCCCGGUGAUAGCUCCAUCUACUAUCCUUCUGUCCCACACCCUGGGGCAUUCUGUGAAGGAUGUGACAAUGCUAACUGCAUAUCAACUGCUUCUAACUGCUUGUUAUGGACCAAUUGCCUCCGCUUUGGCACACAAAUACGGGAAACGACCACAAUUUCUCUUCGCCUCUCUCAUGGGGUUUAUUGGGACACUCAUUUGCUGCACCACCAGAGAUAGCUAUACUGUUUUGCUAGCUGGAAGGGUCAUCCAGGGCUUUGGUGCAGCCGUAUUUGAAAGUCUGUCUGUGCCUGUCAUUGGCGACAUGUUCUUUGUCCACCAGAGGUCUCUUCGAACUGGCUUUCUGGUGAUGACCUGGACCUGCAUUAUAUCUCUUGUUUCGAUCUUUGGGGGCACAAUAGCCGAGGAUAUUGGCUGGAGAUAUGUGUUCAUCGUCCAUCUGCCUUUUACCGUAAUUGGCUUGAUAUCGAUUAUCCUCUUUCUUCCAGAGACCCAGUACCAGGGUUCUCGAGACAAUAGACCAUCUCCCGAGGCAAGGAUGCAAGUGGAAGAUAAAGGUGGCAUAGAGAGCAGCCACCAACAUGACGAAAGACCAAAUGAGGAAGUUUUGGCGGCUUCAUCGUUGAGGGAGACAAAAAAGUCAUUUGUGCAGGGACUUGCGAUCUAUAGCGGGACAUACAGCGACACUAACCUGAUAAAACUGGUUUUCGCUCCAUUUGCCAUGCUUCUCAACCCUGCGGUGGUCUGGGCAAUCGCUGUGGGUGCUGUUAACAAACAGGUUCAGUCCUUUUUUGUGACAAUUUCCUACAUUCUCGCACAGAUAUGGUCACCUCCCCCUUAUAACUUAAAUGCUAAGCAGAAUGGUACUUUCUAUGUUGGGGCCUUGAUUGGAGGGAUACUCAGCAGCACAUUGAGCCCAUUUGUGGGGGAUUGGAUUAUCAAGAGGCUAGCAAAAUGGAACAAAGGGAUCUAUGAGCCCGAAUUCCGCAUUCCGAUGAUGAUCUUUGCCGCUCUUUUCUGUGGCAUUGGAUGUGACGCCUGCCACGAAAAUGCUACAGAGAUAUUUAUCCUCUCGAUGACAGCUAAAAACUUCCUUUUCUAUGGUUUCUCUCAGUUUAUGAACGACUGGGCAGAGGAAAAGGGCCCAAGUGAAGUUUUAAGAACCUUUGGAAUUGCAACAAUGUGUAUCAUGGCUACAUCGCCUCUCUUGUACACCUUCGGAAAGCUCAACCGCUAUUUCAUGUUCAAGACCGGGUUGAUCAAGAAGUUGACCGGGUAG